UUGACACCUUAAAAGAGAUAACAAACACAUGCUUGGCAGAGAUGCAGAAACAGCAGCCAGGCAACAGAGAUGUAGAUGUCUCCACUUCACCGAAACAUUCCAGCCCUCUCAGUCAGAAUAUCUCUGAAACAUCCACUCAAGUUCAAGCACAACAAACUUUUCCAAGCAGCGAAUAUAUGCUUGUGUACUUCCAUGCUGUCACUUCCAAAGACUGUCCAUUGGACCCAGAAAAGGAUGAGGUUUUCUUAAUGUCUGAAAAAAUGUUUGGGCAUUGGGAUGCACCUGGCCUGAAAAUGUCCUUCACUAGGUUUCUAGGGGACAAGAGGUAUCUUGUUGAAGGGAAAGUUAUGAUUCCCAGGAACUUAAUCCAUGAGAGUAUACCCUACAAAUACGUCAUUUUCAACCACAAUGACUCCACGUGCAUGUAUGAGACGAUCUACCAGAAAGAUGAAAAUCAAUUAGUCAACAGGUGCCUGAAAAUCAAAGAGGACUUUUUAACACACGAAGGGGAGUGGCACCAGUAUGAUGAUGUGAUCCAUCGCGAGCUGAAGAAGAAAUUCUGGUCUUGGAAUUCAAUCAAAGACAUUGUUUUGAAAGGGAGAGACCAAGCUGGUAGGGUGAUGCUGAGUAUCAUCUUUGACCUUCCUACGAGUUGGAAUAAACCAAAUUUGGACAACUUCUUUUUACUGCUACAACAGUUCUUUUAUACGUACAGCAAUCCUCUACUUCAUCAUGGCACAGAAAGGCCGUGGGGAUUACCAUACAAUCAUGAACAGGUGAAAAACCUGCUUAAACGUUUCUUGGAGGAAAACAUCAAUCACAACCCCAGAAAGCACAAAGAAACAACAAAAUCCAUUUUACCACCUUUGCGUGCAGGAGUUGUCAGUUUGCUGAUUUACAACAAGUAUCUGAAAGACGACACGACAAAUCAACUAUCCGGUCUAUGUGAUCUUCUUUGCCUGCCUAAUAUGCCACAACACCAUUUCCUUGAUUUCUGGAAAGACUUUACAAGCCCUUUGUCAGAUAAAAAGAGUAUUGCAGAUGCUGUUGAGAUACUUUGCAACAAGGCCAGGCAACACCAAAUUGAGAAGUGGGUCUUGGUCAUUCCUCUGAUUCACCUACUGAGAGGAGACAGCAAGCCAUUUGAACCAGUUCCACCUGUCUCAAAUCCACAGUUUGACUCCUGGUCAGGCUUGAUGGGGAGCAAAGGAACACAUUUCAACAGGGACAAUUAUGUAAGGGGUGUCUGGAUCAUGAAAGAACAUGCAUACCUGACGGACAUUGAUCGUCUUCUUGUGCACUCUUGGAUGACUCUGGUGCGUGUGAAUGAUCUAACAAGCCUCAUAUCCACUGUGAAAGUGGAGCUUCUAGACAUUCUUCAUUACAUGCCGUUCACUAUCAAAUCUGGAAUAACUCACUCCAACUACAAGGCUUUGGAAGUAUUGGCAUGUUAUCUCAUCGACAGAGAAAGCCAUCGCAGUAAAAGCGUUGAUGACAAAUAUAAAGAGUGUUGCCUGAAAACUGCAGUAAGGCUUCUUGGUUCUAUUUGCCAUCACACAACAGAUCCAGGCCUCUCUGAUGUUCCUAUUUGCUUCCUUGAUUUGGUCUGUCUGAUUGCCAAUGCAUGCGAUCCCACUGAUUCCCAGUCAAGAGACAGAAAUCAAGAGUCAAUCUUGGAAACAUUGGAAACAAUGAGAAAAUGGCGGAGAAAUACCUUCAGGAACAAACUGCUUCAGGAAUGGAAUCGUACGCAGUUUUCUGUUCUCCGUGAAAUCAAGGUAUGGGACAAGUUAGUCUCAGUAUCCUUCAAUCAUCAGGAACACACCUCAUUAUGGAGAACCUCCUUCCUGCAGGAUUUUGAAGGAAAAUUAAAACAAGAACAUCCAGAGGAUCAAAUUGGAAUAUACACUAAGAAGAUGGAAGAACUGAGCAGGACAAGUCCAUUGUUAUGCAACACAAUGGAGAAAUGUGCAGUGGAAGCGAUUGCAGCUAUUGCUCAGGAUAAAUCUGGCAGAGCUGCUUCAGCUCUACUUGAGAAACAUGAUAUCACAAAGUUUGGGAAGCUGAUGUCUGCUGCUGUGCUGAACACAUGGCCCACUGAUGCGAGUGGAGCUUACAUUGAAGGCGAGGACUUCAUGUUUGAGUACCUCUUAAAUUGGCCCAUGGCCAAAACUUUUUUCCAAAUGAUAGGUGCAAGAGGAAGACUGAUUGACAAAUUGUCAGAUGAAGUGCAAAUCAGGAUGACUUUGGCCAGUUAGGCAUUCAAAUCUGUGUCAGAGA